UUCGGGGAAUGUUUUCCGCCAUGUUUGUGAGUGGCAUCUUCAUUCCGUUAUACUUCGCUAAAUAAAUUAUAUUAUUUAUACUCUAUUGAUGACUUUAUAUAUUCACAAUUUCCACUAAAGCUCUAUUUCGUGAUCGAAUUGUAAACUUUUAACAUGGCGACUCGCUGUGCGGGGCGGAAGUGUGGAAGCGCUCGUCUGUUUCCGUCCGUGUGAAGGUGCGACAGCGAGAGAUUACUGACCCAGAUCGAGAUGAAGACAGGUCCUGCUGAAUGGGUCUAAUGUCAUUUGCGCUACAGUAAUCUGACUGACAUUAAGCAGAAUUCACACAGUGCUGUGGUGCGAUGCGGCUGUGGCUUCAGGAGGUGUUUGUGUGGACGACUCUUCACCUGUCUGCUCACGUCUCACGUCAUUUACCUUUGGGGAAAGGUCUGUGCUCCUAGUUGGAAGAUGCCCAGUGUGGAGCUGAGGAUGCGCAGAUGGAAAUGGCCCGUCCAGUUUACCUCACUGUACCUGAGCUGUCUGUAUUUCCUCUGUUCAGUCUCUGGGGUUUCGGGCAGCUUAUGCACAGUAACGGGUGGUGUCCUGGGGAUCCACUGGAGCAGCGUCAUUGGUCUGGGCUGGCAGCCACUGGCAGUGGACCAGGCUGGGGCUCGCUGCUGGGAAUCCUGCUGUUUGAAGCCCUCCUGCGGUGCCGUGUGGAGCCUCGGUGGACGCUGUGUGUUGCUGACAUGUAUUCAAACGAAGGGCUGCGCCAUUAGGUCACUUCCUCAGCCAUAUGUAGAAUCUCUGGGGCUUCUGCAGCAUCUGAACACAGGCAUGCGCAGGAAGAGGGACGUUCGCAACGCUGAGGAUGUCAGAGUAAUCAGGGAGACGGAGCAUGACAUACAGGAGCUGUCUGCUAAACCCACAGUGCCACUGACCACAUCCCAUGAUGCAGCUCUUCCACAUACAGCCGGUGAGACCUCCAUCCAGUCCACCAGUGACAGUGACGAACAGGAAGCUGUCUUAGCAUCUGAGCAAAAUUCAACACUGGAUGCAGACACUGGAGAUCAUUCAGCAUUAAACAACAGUAAUCAGUCGCCACAGUCCACGUCUGACACCCGUUCAGCGACUUCACCAACAACACCAGCUGUGCGAGAGCUGGUCGUGUCUGCUGGCAACAAUGUGGAGGUCACUUUACCACACAGUGAGGUGGAGCUGAAUGCUUUUGUAGUGCCAGCGCCCCCUUCAGGGGCAAACUAUGAAUUUGACUGGCGUUUGAGGACACAUCCAAAAGACUAUAGUGGAGAAAUGGAGGGUAAACACAGCAAGACGCUUAAGCUCAGUAAGCUGACAGUGGGUCUCUAUGAGUUUGAGGUGGUUGUGGAUGGUGACGGUGCACAUGGGGAGGGAUAUGUCAAUGUUACUGUCAAACCAGAGCCACGAGUGAAUAAGCCACCUGUUGCUGUGGUUUCUCCAAAGUACCAGGAAAUCUCCUUGCCUACAAGCUCCACUGUGAUUGACGGAAGUCAGAGUACCGAUGAUGAUAAAGUUGUGUCGUGGCAUUGGGAGGAAGUGAAGGGGCCGCUCAGAGAGGAAAAGGCCUCAGGUGAUACUGCUGUUCUCACCCUCACCAACCUGGUUCCCGGUAACUACACCUUCAGACUCACUGUGACUGACUCGGAUGGAGCUCAGAAUUCAACCCAAGCCAUGUUGUUAGUCAACAAGGCCACGGACUACAAGCCUACAGCUAAUGCUGGACCCAACCAAGUGAUCACACUGCCACGCAACUAUAUCAUACUGUACGGCAACCAAAGCACUGACGACCAUGAGAAUCUGUCCUAUGAAUGGUCACUCAGCCCUGAGAGCAAGGGCAAGGUGGUGGAGAUGCAGGGUGUGAGGACGCCCAUUCUGCAGCUUUCUGCCAUGCAGGAGGGUGACUACACCUUUCAGCUGACCGUCACUGACUCGUCUGGCCAGCAAGACACAGCUCAAGUCACUGUCAUUGUCCAACCAGAGAAUAACAAGCCCCCUGUAGCGGAUGCUGGUCCAGACAAGGAGCUGACGCUGCCGGUCGAUCGUACCACGCUGGAUGGGAGCAAGAGCAGCGAUGACCAAAAAAUUGCCACGUACCACUGGACAAAAACCAAGGGCCCAGAAGGGGUGAAAAUUGAAAAUGCGGACACUGCGGUUGCCAUGGUGACCGGUCUGCAGGAGGGCGAGUACAUUUUCAUGCUGACAGUGACGGAUGAAAGGAUGCUGGAGAAUUCGGAUAUGGUGUCUGUCAUCGUCCGAGAAGAGGAUGAUCAGCCACCUGUUGCCAAAGUCCUGUCCAGUCCUCCGAUCACUCUUCCCGUCCGCACAGCAGUUCUGGAUGGUUCUCGCUCAUCAGAUGAUAAGGGUGGCAUCAGCUACCUCUGGACCCGUGAAAACAGUAGCCCGGCUGCAGGGGAUGUCCUGAAUAACUCUGACCACCAGGCAGUGCUUUUUCUUGGUAAUCUGGUGGAAGGGAAGUACACUUUCACCCUGACUGUAACUGAUAGUAAGGGAAAGACUGCUACUGACAGUGGCACUGUAGAGGUUCGACCAGAUGUUUAUGAGCGAGUUCCACAUUAUUAAGCAAGUCACAGUUCUCACUUGGUGGAGCUGAUCCUAGAAGUUGCUGUGGCUCAGGUGUCCCGCAGACAGAAGGAUAUGUUCAUCAGUGCCCAAAUCAUCACCCACCACAUCAUUUUGCGCCAUUCACCAACCAUCCAGAGAUUUAGCGCCUUCAAUGAGUACAGCACUCGCCUGGUAUUUCUGGUAUCUGGAGGUCCUGGACGCCCUCCAUUGACUGGCCAUAGUGUUGCAGUGGAACUACGCAAUAAAUUUCGCAAGCAAAAAAAUGAUUUCCUGAUCUUUAGGGCCCGGCGAGUGGACACAGUUAUCUGCCAGCUGAACUGCUCCAGUCACGGGGAAUGCGACUCCUUCACCAGACGAUGUGUGUGCCACCCGUUCUGGAUGGAGAAUUUAUUCAGUACUUAUUUUGGGGAUGCUGAGAGCAACUGUGAAUGGAGUGUUUUAUAUGUGACGAUAGCAUCAUUCAUGACCAUAGUUGGCAUAGCGACUGUAAUAUGGGGUAUUGUGUGCUGCUGUCGAAGACGGAAAAGCAAAGUGAGACGAAAGAGCCGCUAUAAAAUGCUGGAGGAGGACGAACAAGAGACUCUGGAAUUACAGUUACCAAGACCUGGUCGCUUGAAGCCGGUUCCUGCUCCCACAUCCUCUGCGCUCAUGCACUCCGAUUCCGACCUGGAAAGCGAUGACGGGCAGGCAGGCAUCCCGUGGUCCGAUCGAGAGCGCGGAAAACUCCUGCCACCCCAAAACGGAUCUCUGCGUAACGGCCAAGUUCCUCAUAAACACAAAAAACAAAAAGAGGAGCGGCUUUAGCACACAAACCAGACCUCUCGUAUCGCACCAACGCACUGUUCACCCCUCAUCCACGUCACGUAAUUCAAGAGGGACCUGCAGCACUUCCGGGUUGAAUCGCAGCCCAGUCUGAGCCAAAAUGAAAAUGCGUUUAAACCCGAAUGGUCAGAUCUGUAGAGCCAUGCACCUCAAAAGACAAUGAGAAUGUUCCUGCUUCACUUGCAGAGAUUUAUGUAACCGGCGGAAAGGGUUGAGCAUUUCAAAGUAGCUCUCUGAGAAACUUUUCCCCACCAGAAUGUCUCAUCACACCGCGGAUAACUGAGCCUGCCUCACUGUCCCCUUCCUACAAAGCUUCCAGAUAUGACAGGCAGCCUGUCGCAUCCAAACACUGCCUGGCAUGUCUUAUUAAUUUGUAUAUUUUUACUUGUGUUAAUAAUGCAGAGAAUGAGUCCUAAGGCACCCAACAUGACUGCAUGAGAAGGCAAGAUUUGGUUUCCCUUGUUUAUUUUUAUGGUUUGCAUGUAUUAAAUUGAGACGUGUGUGUGCUACUCUGCGUGGCUGUAUGUCAAAAGUGCAUUUUUGCCCCUUUAAACACCAGCAAAAGUGGCGUCUGCAGCAUAAUAGCCAUGUUUGUCAGGGGUUUCUUUUCUUUACGGAGGAAUAUCAUACACUGGAAAUUGUAUUGGAAGUUGAACUGGAGCUGGAAUAUGACUGGAUGGUCAUCAAACUGGAAACAGUUGCCAACCGAUAAAUCAUGUUUGUUACACUUUCUACGUGCAUUAGUACUGCAUUUUACUCUUUUUGGCUUUCUGAUGAUUGUUGAUUCAUCAGAAAUCAUCAUUUGGUUUUAAAAUGGUUUCAGCUCAGCCACUUCAGUUCCAAUGUUACUUGAUGGUUUAUUAUGAAAAGGUUGAAUGCUAUCUAAAUUAUGUGUGCGAAUUUAUUAUUUUACUUUUUUUUUCUUCCUCCCUACAUGUCUGAGUCUUGCAUAUUUUGAAAGCAUGGGGAAAAUGUAGGGAUUUUUUUUAAAUCCAUGCUUUUUUGUUGUUUUAAGUGAAGAAUUCCCUGUUUCAUGUGACUUGUUCUAACAAAACUGGAGCAAAUAAAAAGAAAAUAUAUUUACAGCCA